AUGCCUUCGCCCCCAAAUCCCUCGAUCUCGUCACCACUCAUCAGCAACACUGUCUACUACAUUCUCAAGCAACUUUUCAGUAACACUCGCCACAUCAGGCUUCUCAAGAAGCUUCUUAUUGUCUCGCCCUCUUCUGCUCUGCCAAGCUCCCCAUCUAAACCCAACAUGCCUCCCAUUUGGUUCACCACCCACGGCAUUGGCGCCAUCAAGGAUACCGACAACAGCUUCAGCAUCACCUCGGAUGGCGGCUCGGCCAAGAUCUCCCCCACCAGUGACACCAGUGACAGCGACCUCAAGGGCUGGGUCCACUACACCAUCCCCAACCCGAACCCGGACAACUCUUCCCUCAAGGCCAUCCAAGUCGACUUCUCUUCCCAGUCUGCCAGCGUCGAUGGCGUGAAGCUUCACUUUGCCAACAGCCUUAAGUUUAGCGUCUCGGACCUCCAGCAGACCAGCAGCUUCAACUUAGACAUUGCCUCGUCCUCGGCUGUCUACAGCAACAAGGGCAUUGCCGUCUCCUUGUACCUCUCCUUUGACGACAAACAUAGCUGGCUUAAGCUCCAAUCCGUCGGCGUUCAGGGCUAG